UGACAAGCAUACUCUGUCUUAGUUUAAUUGCCAUGAAUUCUCCUAUAUUUUCAUUCCAAAGGCUUCAAUUAUUCGUUACAGUUCUGUCAAGCUCUAUCGCUGCUGCCCACUUCAACAUUCCGCGGCUGAGUCCAACGUUGGGAACAAUCUUGGAACAGCCUGAAAUCUUGUCUGCAUCAGUUUCAAAGGAUCUGCAAACCUUUUACUACCCCCAAACACUUGAUCACUUCAACUACAGGCCUGAAAGUUAUAGCGCUUUUCAACAAAGAUAUGUGAUGAAUUUCAAGCAUUGGGGUGGAGCAAAUGCUAGUGCACCAAUUUUAGCCUAUCUUGGAGCUGAAGCUCCUUUGGACGAUGAUCUUACUGUAAUUGGUUUUCUCAAUGAAAAUGCCAUCCAUUUCAAAGCUCUUCUUGUAUACAUAGAGCAUCGAUAUUAUGGAAAAUCAAUACCAUUCGGAUCAAGGGAAGAAGCCUUUAAAAAUGCAAGCACUCGGGGGUAUUUUAACUCUGCCCAAGCCAUUACAGACUAUGCAGAAAUCAUAAUGCAUAUCAAGAAGAAACUUCAUGCUUUCUAUUCUCCUGUGAUUGUCAUCGGAGGAUCAUAUGGAGGAAUGCUUGCUUCAUGGUUUCGGCUAAAGUAUCCGCAUGUUGCUUUGGGAGCUUUGGCUUCAUCGGCUCCAAUCCUUUAUUUUGAUGAUAUUAAACUACAGCCAGAGGGUGGAUACUAUUCAGUUGUCACAAAGGAUUUUAGGGAAGCCAGCGAGACAUGCUACCAAACCAUACAAAAAUCAUGGUCUGAAAUUGACAAAGUUGCCUCGGAGCCCCAAGGUCUUUCAACCCUCAGCAAGAAAUUUAAGACAUGCUAUCCCUUGACCAGUUCUUCAGAGCUCAAGUCUUUCUUGGUGCUUAUGUAUGCCUAUGCUGCACAAUACGAUAGACCACCAAGAUAUCCGGUUACUGCCGUAUGUGGCGGCAUUGAUGGAGCAUCAUCCAUUGGAAGUGAAGUCGACACUCUUAGCAAAAUUUUUGCAGGGGUUGUCGCUUACUAUAAGAACCGAUCUUGCUAUGUCAAUCCAACAGCUAAUGCAUCUGAAACAGAUAUAGGUUGGCGUUGGCAGAGAUGCAGUGAGAUGGUGAUACCAAUUAGCAUCGGCAAUGGAACCAUGUUUGAGCCAUCCCCUUUCGAUCUAAAGAGAUUUAUGAACCGGUGCGAGAGCUUCUAUGGUGUCCCUCCUCGGCCUCAUUGGAUCACUUCUUACUACGGCGGCCACGAUAUAAAACUGAUUCUCCAUAGGUUUGGUAGCAACGUCAUCUUUUCCAAUGGGCUGCGAGAUCCUUAUAGUAGCGGCGGGGUGUUGGAAAACAUUUCAGAUAGUGUUCUUGCCAUAGCUACAGUCAAUGGAUCUCAUUGUUUAGAUAUACUUCCGAAAAGGAAAACUGAUCCAGAAUGGUUGAUCAAGCAACGGAAAAUAGAGGUGAAGAUUAUCAAAGGAUGGAUAGCUAAGUACUAUGCUGAUCUUAAGGCAUUCACGCAAUAGGAAUAUUUUUUGUCCAAGAUGAAAAAUAUUGAAUAAUGGAAGAAUUCAAAGUUAUAUAACCAUGAAUCUCUUAUAGAUUUACAAUUCAAGGAAAUAAUAUUUGAUAGCUAGGCUUAGGAUUUAUAUUUCUCCUACUAUAUAUGUUGAAUUUCUAUAAUAUUAUAGUAUUUGAUUAAUAACA